GUGCAUUUCGGACUGAGCACCCGCACCCGUCCGAGGAGGGGAGACAUCAUGGCAGCCACUACUUGUACGCGUUUUACAGACGAAUUCCAGCUUUACGAGGAGCUUGGCAAGGGGGCCUUUUCAGUGGUGCGCCGCUGUGUCAAACUCUGUUCAGGCCAAGAGUAUGCCGCCAAAAUCAUCAACACCAAAAAGCUCUCGGCCAGAGAUCAUCAGAAACUGGAGAGAGAAGCCCGGAUCUGCAGAUUGCUCAAGCACUCCAACAUCGUUCGUCUCCAUGACAGCAUCUCAGAGGAAGGCUUCCACUAUCUCCUCUUCGACCUGGUGACAGGCGGGGAGCUUUUUGAGGACAUUGUGGCGAGAGAGUACUACAGUGAAGCAGAUGCCAGUCAUUGCAUCCAGCAGAUCGUGGAGGCCGUGCUCCACUGCCAUCAAAUGGGGGUGGUACACAGAGACCUCAAGCCGGAGAACCUGCUGCUGGCCAGCAAGUGUAAGAACGCUGCGGUGAAGCUGGCUGACUUUGGACUGGCUAUCGAGGUUCAAGGAGAGCAGCAGGCGUGGUUUGGUUUUGCAGGGACUCCCGGCUACUUGUCCCCAGAGGUGCUGAGGAAGGAGGCGUAUGGUAAACCAGUAGACAUCUGGGCAUGUGGUGUGAUCCUCUACAUCCUUUUGGUUGGAUACCCUCCGUUCUGGGAUGAGGACCAGCACAAACUCUACCAGCAGAUCAAAGCCGGAGCGUACGAUUUUCCCUCCCCAGAGUGGGACACUGUGACUCCGGAGGCUAAAAAUCUGAUCAACCAGAUGCUGACUAUCAACCCAGCCAAGAGAAUCACUGCCCAGGAGGCUCUGAAGCACCCGUGGGUCUGCCAACGCUCCACAGUGGCCUCUAUGAUGCACAGACAGGAGACCGUCGAGUGCCUGAAGAAGUUUAACGCCAGGAGGAAACUCAAGGGGGCCAUUUUGACCACCAUGCUCGUCUCCAGGAACUUCUCUGUGGGCCGGCAGACUACAGCCCCCGCCUCCGUCAGCAAUGUGCCCGGGACCACCGCUGGCAUCGUGGAGCAAGCAGCCAAGAGUCUCCUCAACAAGAAGACUGAUGUCAAGCCGCAGACAAACAGCACGAGAAACAGCACAGUCACCAGUCCCAAAGGCCACGUCACCGCUGCACUGGAGCCUCAGACUACUGUUAUCUAUAAUCCAAUAGAUGGGAACAAGGGAUCCUCUGACAGCAGCAGCACCACUGUUGAGGAUGAGGAUGUGAAAGCUCGCAAACAGGAGAUCAUAAAGAUCACAGAGCAGCUUAUUGAAGCUGUGAACAAUGGAGACUUUGAGGCGUAUGCGAAGAUCUGCGACCCCGGUCUGACCUCAUUCGAGCCGGAGGGGCUGGGUAAUCUGGUGGAGGGGAUGGACUUCCAUAGAUUUUACUUUGACAAUCUCCUCUCCAAGAACAGCAAACCCAUCCACACCACCAUCCUCAACCCUCACGUGCACAUGAUCGGGGACGAGGCCGCUUGCAUCGCCUACAUCCGCCUGACCCAGUUUGUGGACGUACAGGGACAUCCCCGCUCCAGCCAAUCAGAGGAGACCAGAGUAUGGCACCGCAGGGAGAGCCGGUGGCAGAACGUCCACUUCCACUGCUCAGGAGCCCCCGCUGCCCCGCUGCAGGGAUGAGAUAAAAGAGACUGAUGAUUAAGCCGUGAGGAACAGAGAAGAUAUAAAUAGAAAAUCCGAGAGAGAGGUUCUGCACACCCAUCUCGCUGUUCUCUCUCCACAACCUCAACAACGGACAGUAACACCUAUGCUACCAUCAGCAAACCUACACUACAGCAGAGGGCAUAUCAGCCAAAAGAAAAAGGAGACUCUUUAUAGCCUGCGUCAUGUCUUCAGUUCCCUGCAGCUGCCCAACACACCUGGACAACAUCUGUCCUCUGUGCUGCGAAGCCUCCAGCGGUGCACUCUCCUGCUGAAGAUUUACCUUCUUAUUUAUUCUCAAACAUAAAUUAUUGUCACUUAACUUCUAGUAUUAUUGUGGCUACAGUCUAUUGUUGUGCUCUUUCAACUGUACAGUAUAUUCAUUAGUCAUUUUAAACCUUUUAUUCUGGUAUUUUCUUCUUUUUUUUAUGACGAGCAUGACUCUUACCUCUGUUCCCUGUGGCUGUUUUUCUGCACGACUAAUGCUGCCUGUGUGAAAUGAACAAACGGUACCGCAUGUCUCACAGAGAGACACCAGUGGGUGUAUUUAAUUAUCCGUUUUGUUUUGUUCUUCAAUGGAGUUUUCUGUUUGUUAUUAUCCUGCUUUCCUCUGGUGUGUAGUUGACCCCAAACCGACGCCUCCGUUUGUUGACCGGACCCCUCUAAGCCGCUCUGUGAGACAGUGAAAAACAUGCAGCAUGCUAACAUAUUACUGUUGUUCUUAACUGAUUCUCUAUGUACUGAACAUUGCAAGCUAACUACAGAAAUUAUGACUGAUUGAAAUUAUAGUAUCACGCUGUUUUUGUACAUUUCCAGUUUCAUCGUGGUGACUUAACUACAAUUAUGCUGUAGAUGGUAUUUAAUUGCAUGAUAUUCCAAGUUAAUAACAUUGGUAAGUUGGGUGUUAUCGUGCAUUUUGUUGAUUUUUCUCUUUUUGGACUGAACUGCUAGCGAGAUAUAAUCUAUUGCCUCUAUUUUGUGGGCUUUGUAAGUGCAUAAACUAUUUUUUGUGUUAAUAUAAUAGUGUACUAUAUGAGUAAACUGGUGAAGAUCAUGACAGAAUAUGCCUUUAAAAGAAAUGACUGGAUCCAGUUUCAAAAUGUCUUUUAACUUUAUCAAAGACAAAAACACUGAGAUCCCAAAUGCUAACUCUUAUUUUCUAGACCAGACUGAAGAAAAUGCUACUAAACUAAAAGUUCCCAUUAGGGCUAAAUUAAGAUGUAUUUAGUUUUCUUAAAUGAAGCUGUCUACGUAACUGCACUUCUAAAUAAAAUACCCCAAAAUAUUUUUGGAAAGCAAAUAAAUGCAAUUAUAUCAGGAUUGUUUUCUCAGGAUUUUAGAAAUCCUGACAAAAAAAACAAUUGACGAGACAAAAUGUAAUAUUUUUUAUUCAUUCAGUUAUAAUUUCCCAAUAAAGAGGUUUGUGUCCAGUCAGAACCAUGCAUCUAAAAAGUGCUGUGUAAUACAGGAAAUAUCUUAUUCCGGUUUCCUGACAAUACACCAAUCUUUCCUCAAGAGGGCGCCAACGUCUAACUACAUAGAACUUCUGCAUAUCUGAGUUCAAAUGCAGGGUUUCAAAUUCAAAUGUGAUCUGUUUGGUGAGAGUUAGACCUCUAAGUAUAAUAAGCAGAGUGUGAGAAAGACACAAUGACAAACCAAUACAGACAGUUGUCAGGACUCCAGUAACUUCAUUUCAAACUAAAUUUAAAGUUUAUUACGAUUGCUUUGGUUUAUUUUCACUGUGUAAAACUAAGAAGGAUGCAAAUAAGAGUACAAAGGAUUAAAUAUAACUAAAUACCUAAGAAAUACAAUUUAAAAAAACAAAUGAAUACUUUGUAAGUGGAGACAGCAUUGUGUGCAGGUUGAUUUCUGUUUAUUUUUAUUAUAAUUUGUACCAUAAGCAUAAAGGUCUUCAAACCGGAACAGUUUCCUGUACUGUCUAAUCUUAUCAGUGCUUUAAAGGCCACUGGUCACUUAGAUUACUUUCUUAUUUAACCAACAAUUCUUAUUCCAUUAUUUAAUAUUUGUUUAUCUCAAACACUAUUUUAACUGUUUUAAAAGAGCCUUACACAAUCAGGAGACAUCUUAAUGACAAUAAAUGAACUCCCCUGUAUGUAAAACAAAGCUUUUCUUGUUUCUUUUAAAAAUGUAUUAUACUUAUACUGAAAAUGAUGACAAUAGUGUGCAUUCCAAGUCUAAUCAAUAUUACAAUGUGAUCAGAUGUAAUCUGUGUGUGAAUCAAUAAAAUGACAAUGCAAAGAGUG